UCUGUCGAGAAACACCAAUGCUGAGAAGGCACGUCUUGGCUGGCACUGUGCAUGUUCCUGUUCUGGCUCUUCUUGUGAAUGCCUGCUUGGGAGCCAACCUGUGAUCCCUAUAAGAGAGCAGCUGCUUUGUGUUCUUGGCUCUCCUCGUACUGGGUUUCUCUCUCUUUUUUCUCGAAGGGUGAGAGGCUUGGCUCUCAGUGGAUUUCUUCAUGGAUACCGAAAUGAGAGCAGACGAGAGGGAUGAAUUUGUGGAUUGGGAAGGAAGGAAGGCCAGUUCCGAGGAGCAUGGCGGCAUAAGAGCCGCAUCGCUUGCUUGUGAUUCGUCAUAGUAAUUUCCAUCCUCUGAAUUCCUAAAAAGAUACAUCCCUUGGGAGCACAAUGGAAGGCCUCUCUUCAUGCAUGCAUCAAAUCAAUCAUAUCUGUCAAGAUUCGUGUAGUUUUGCGACGCUACGUAUAUUUCAGAAUGAGUGCACGCUCAAGGACUCUUUUAAUUUUGGGCAUGUCUAGUGGUGGAAGUGCUAGAGAACCUGGUGUUCUUGUCAUGUGCCACAAACUUUGUCGAGUACUUCAUAAUCUCGAUGCAUUACCCGACCCCCGUUGCCGCGAACAUGGUCACCAACUUCAUGGCCACCUCCUUCCUCCUCACCAUCUUCGCGGGCUUCGUCGCCGACUCCUUCCUCACCAGAUUCACGACCUUCAUCGUCUCUUGGAUCGUCGAAUUGCUGGGACUGAUCAUUCUGACAAUUCAAGCUCACUCCAAAUCACUCCAACCUCCAAACCACAGAACACCCAACAAGUACCAAGCUGCUGUCCUCUAUUUCGGCCUCUACGCGAUGGCCGCAGGAGUCGGCGGGAUCAAGGGGUCUCUGCAGACACACGGCGCGGACCAGCUCGACCAUGGUAAUCAGAGGCUCGUCUCUGCCUACUUCAAUUGGUACUUCUUCUCCUUGUGCACCGGCGGCCUCGUGACGUCGACCGUCAUGGUCUGGGUGGAGGAGAACUUGGGUUGGCGCUGGAGCUUCAAGAUUUUGAUCGCGGCCUUGUCUUUGGCUCUCGCCGUUUUCGUGUCCGGGCUUCGUCUCUACCGGUACAAGCUUCCCCGAGGAAGCGCAUUCACUAGAAUUUUCAAGGUACUCGCGUCGGCAGCCCGGAAUCGGAAAGCUUCCUCGGCGGAGAUAUGCAGAAGAUUUGACGUAGAUUCAGAGGGCAUUACAUCCGCGGUUAACGGAAGGCUUCCCAAGAAGUUCAAGUCCCUAGACAAAGCGCUGGCCGAUGACACUGUAAGCACGAGCGAGGUCGAAGAGACGAGGACCUUCAUCGGACUGAUCCCGAUUUUCGCAAGCACGAUCCUGAUGAGCUGCUGCCUAGCUCAGCUCCAGACCUUCUCUGUGAGGCAAGGCACCUUCAUGGACAGAACCAUCCACAACUUCACGAUCCCAACUCAAUCCCUCACGGUCCUCCCCUUGACCAUCAUGCUCGCCUCGAUCCCCAUCUACGAGCGCUUCCGCGGCGGGCUCGGGGACAAGCCUCGCGGCAGGAUCUUCGAGCCGCUGCCAAGGAUCGGGGUCGGGCUGGCCCUUGCGUCCGGGUCCAUGGCCAUCGCCGCGGCCGUCGAGGUCAAGAGGCGGAGGGCCGCCACCGACGACGGGGUCGCCCUGUCCGUGUUCUGGCUGGAGUGGCAGUACCUGCUCCUCGGGGUCUCGGACAUGCUCACUCUCGGCGGGAUGCUCGAGUUCUUCUACUCCCGGGCACCGGGGAGCAUGCGGAGCGCGUGCACCGCCCUCGCGUGGUGCUCGACGUCAGUGGGAUACUUCCUGAGCUCGGUGCUGGUGUCGGCGAUCAACUCGGCCACCGGGAGGCUCGGGCGGGAGUGGCUCGAAGGGAACGAUUUGAACCGGCAACGUUUGGAUCUUUACUACGCCCUCCUCUGCGUCCUUAAUUUCCUUAAUUUCCUGAACUACAUUUUCUGGGCCAAGAGGUAUUGAGAUCCAAAAAUCCGUUUGGGAUUAUUCUGAUACUUAGAGCCAAAUAAAAACAUUAAAAGAUCUCUUACAUCUA